AAGCAAUUUCAGUGCGUCUUUGUAGUAGAUCUAGGUAGUAUUUUAUUAUUAUAUAGCCUUCUGUCUGAAGUGCUAGUGUGGCGCUGUAUUUACCUGCCCAACCCUGACUACAAACGAUUUUGAGCUGUUGCCUCCUCACUUAUUUACUUUCUGCGCCCCGCUGCGCUCGUAGUUACGCAACAAAAUGGCAACCCAAACCAAAGCUUUUGGGUAUAAAGGAACCCUGGCGAUUUCGCAGUGCAACUCGACUAGAGUCAGUCCGCCAAGAACUGGAGAGUUGUCUUUGUUGGACAAGGGUAGUGGUUCGUAUGCGCUCGAGUUCCAAGCGUCUUGUGGCCUCCAGACAUCGUACCUGCUCCGUGCAGGGGAGUCCUUCAAGUUACAGUGCGUGCAGAGCAAGCGUGCGAUAUUAAUGACCUUUGGAGAUCCUCUCCAAACUCUCAAGUUUCAGUCUCGUGAAAAUUUAGGUGUGCUGCAUGAGAAGUUGCUAACGGUGCAGAGCAAGACGAAAGCUUGUAAGAAGCCAUCGGCAAGUAACAGCCCGUCGUCUUUGUCCAAUCCUAACUGUGGAAGUAGAGUGAGUGAAUACCGCAGCACGAACUCUCGUUCAAUGAAAAUAUUAGCCAACUCCGCCGCUGCCGCGGCUUCUACCCCGAAACCUGCUGACAGGCAAUCUAGUCCAGGUGCUGAUUCGUCUGGCGUCGGGUUUUAUAGCACUUACGGUUGCAAAACGCCCUCAACCCCAAGGAGAUCACGACUGCCAACGGACAAUCUGGCUGCGUACAACUCCCAGCCCACUUUGCAAUCACCCUCCUUCACUGAUGGCGUGAUGCAGCAUUCUUCAAACGAUUGUUUCAGACGUUUGCCUUCUGAGGCGAUCCCCAGUGAGUAUCGGCCUUCUGGUGAUCUGAAGGCGUCAGGACCACAGCUGCAGCUCAAAAGGCGCCGUUUGCUGAAUAGUAGUACCAGUGAGGAGUGUUCGUCAUCAGCGCUUCAUGCAACUCCCCAAAGUCCUCCAUUGAAAAUGAGAAAAAACAACUCACCGUCCAAUGGUCCAGCGGCAAGUGGUACAGCUUUUUCAGCUGCUCCGACGAACGUGCCUGGCCAUCGUGCCAGCACCUCGAUGAUGCCUCCUGGUAUUGCCAUGCCAGCAACCAGCGUACAGAAUGGCGUAGUGGGGUUAACCAACAUUGGCAAUUCUUGCUACAUGAACGCUGGCCUCGUGGCCGUAUUCUCUUUGCCCAACUUCAUGCGGGAUCUGGAGUCCAAGGCGUCGAUCGUUGCCAACGACUCCCUAUACAAGGCAGUUGUACAGCUGGCUGGACUGAAGAGAAAGAAGAAAGGUGUGUCCAUGAAACAAUUCUUGUGGUUAGUCAAAGACAAGUUGUCAGGUCACUUCAAGGGAAUUCAGCAGCAGGAUGCACAUGAGUUUUUGAAUGUCUUAUUGGUGAGGUUACAAGAGGAUUGGAACAACUUGGGAAGAUGCAGUACAGGCAUGGUGAAGGACGUCUCUGAUCGCGUAUGCCCUGUAGCUGAUAACUUCAACAGCAGUAUUUGUGUAACGCGGACAUGCUCCAAGUGUAACCACAUGUCUCUGUCGUACGAAACCCACACCGACUUUUCUCUCCAGUUCCCAAAGCAAGACGGCCGUGAUCAAUUGCACAGCAUACAUGGUUUGUUAUCAGAGUAUCUCAAGAGUGAACAAGUCGAGCGCAGGUGUGAGAGGUGCAACCAUGGCUUCUCAAGGCAGCAGUCAUCCUUUUCUCAGCUGCCCAGAAUUCUCAUGCUGCACAUACAGCGUGCGGACGUCGAUAGCGCCCAUAACAACAGGAAGCGUACGGACCGGCUUGAGAUUGGGUCGUCUCUGUCUCUGACCGGUCUCUGCCAUCCCAACGCUAUGGCUCCUCCUGUUGUUCACCGGUCGCACGGCGACGCGUCGUCAGUCGCCAGUAGCGCCCUGUCUGAUGUCAAAGAAGACGUCUCACGGCAUAGCGUUGCGGCAUCCUCUGUUCAAAACCACAACGUUGCGGCAUCCUCUGCUCAACACCACAACGUUGCAGCAUCCUCUGCUCAACACCACAACGUUGCGGCAUCCUCUGCUCAACACCACAACGUUGCAGCAUCCUCUGCUCAACACCACAACGUUGCAGCAUUCUCUGCUCAACACCACAACGUUGCGGCAUCCUCUGUUCAACACCACAACGUUGCAGCAUUCUCUGCUCAACACCACAACGUUGCGGCAUCCUCUGCUCAACACCACAACGUUGCAGCAUCCUCUGCUCAACACCACAACGUUGCAGCAUUCUCUGCUCAACACCACAACGUUGCAGCAUCCUCUGCUCAACACCACAACGUUGCGGCAUCCUCUGCUCAACACCACAACGUUGCAGCAUUCUCUGCUCAACACCACAACGUUGCGGCAUCCUCUGCUCAACACCACAACGUCGCGGCAUCCUCUGCUCAGCACCACAACGUUGCAACAUCAGCAAGUGAAUUAGCCAGUGCUCCUGGAGGCGGGCCUCCGUUGGUGCGUGGUGGUGCAGCCGGUUGCCCUUUUGAUGAGUCCCAUGCACAUGUACAGAGAACUGGCGCAUCAGCACCGGCUGCCUGUGAUGGGAGCGCGUUUAGUUCUGCGACUGCUACUCCAACUUGUGGUGUUGGUGGCGGCUUAGAGAGUGCCCAGGUGAAACGGGCAACUUCAAGUUGUCCAGAAUCAGAUGUUGCUGAUCCACAAGCUGACUGUGCUAGGGUGUUGCAGUCAAGACAAGACAUGAUUGACAAGAUGGCUGAGUUUCACGAUCCCGCCCGAACCUCCGCAGAGGAACUCAAAGAAGCCCUCAACAGAAGCCGUCAAGAUAUGUGGUCUGCUAGCAGUCCCAGUGACAACAAUUCUGAUGAAACGGCUGACCCUAACAUUGUCCUCCCAAGUAUUGAUUCGGACUAUCGUCCUGUUUCCGUUGUCAGCCAUCUCGGCGAGGCCAUCCAAUCAGGUCACUUCAUUGCGGAUGUACGUGCAGCCCAGCAUGGCUGGCUUUCGUAUAAUGACGAGGCAGUGACCAAGAUCAGUGAGAGUGACGCUUGUAGGAAAUGGGAAAGGGAAGCGUAUAUCUUACUCUACCUGCACCGGUCCGUCUACGAUCGGUUUUUUGCCUCCUCCUGACGAGUAUGUCAUUGGUGCCAGGCUUGGGUGUGAUGGCGUGAGACAGCAGAGCUCCGCUAACCAUGGUAACGAAUCAAUUUACCUGCCUGGAUAAUCUAUUAAUCUGUGUGCGAUAUCUCAUCUCCCGCUGGCCUCGAACAACUUGCUUUUUCUAUUGGCAGUUAUCAUGUUGUAAUGUUCUUUGUGUAGUUAUUAGUAAAGUCAAGUCCAGUGUGGCUGUUUACUAGGUGUGUUGUACUACUAGUUGAGUACUAGGUGCUAGCUGUGUAGGUGCAGUGUUGUGUUCGUCUUGUUGUGUGCCUUGCUCUCAUCUGCUUUAUUCCAUCUGAUGAUCAUCAUUCUAUCAUUUCUAUGCAUGCAAGUACUAAGUUAUAUGCCAUGUAUCUUGGUGUUUCUUAGGUGUUUCUUAGGUGCGUUUGCUAUUCAUUGGUCUUGCUUAUUUUCAUAGCUGCUGUGUGCAGCAUGGUCAAGUGCAUGCGAGUUUUAGUGCUGCUGUGUGCAGCAUGGUCAAGCGCAUGCGAGUUUUAGUGUUGCUGUGUGCAGCAUGGUCAAGCGCAUGCGAGUUUUAGUGCUGCGGCUGCUGCUGGUGCUGGUGGCGGUCAGUGCACCACCUGCUAGUUCCUCUUUGUACAUGUAGUAAGUGUCAGUAAGUGUGCUGAUAAUGCUCUUUGUGCAUGUUGUACGCGUUAAUAAGUUUGCGGAUGUGAUGUUUGCUGCUUGCAGUGCCCAACUCAUUACACUCAACUUGAGCAGAGUGGUGGGCAGUGUAUUAACGUUUCCAGUACAUCUGUAUGCUACUUGACCGGAGUGACGAACAGUACUAUUACAACCGUAUCCGUUCAUUUACCCAGUAACACAGCUGAGCUGUGGUAUUUAUUUCCGCAGACUAUACCCAUGAGGAGCGUGAUUCCUUCCGAACUCUCUACCCUUACUCUGCUGCUGCUCAUUGAGAGAGGUUUUUUUAAUAUAUUUUUAAACCUUUAUUAUUUGCUUUUCAUUUACACUGUUUCCAGUUUUCAUUCUAUUCUCUGUCUCUCUUUUCUUCAUGCCAGGCGUGGUAUUCAAAAAAAAAAAAGACAA